AUGUUACUAUUUAAAUACCUGCCAACAAUAUUCCUUUUGAUCUUUGGUACAGAAGCUUUGUUUGGGUUUUUAAUUCCUGCUGCUAUUUUUGGAGGUUUGAUGACCCAUAGUUCACACGGCAGUGAAGACUCUUCAGAUUCAACAACAACAUAUGAUCACACCACGAAAGAGACACAAACGACAACUUCAAACAUACCCACAGUCACACCAACUCAGGCAUCAAGUUCUAAAGAUGACGCUCACUCUCAGAAAGCUGUAAAAAAACUUGACAUGAUUGUGUUGAUAGUUUUAGGACAUGUUCUUGCUUCUGCAAUAUCAGGCUUCUGUCUUAAAUAUUUAAUGACUAGUUUUGAAACGAGAAAACUCAAUGUAACACGAGAUGCAGCUGUGAGAAACUAUUCAAAGGCAAAAAUUUGGUUCAAAACAUACAUUUGCUGGCAAGCGUUGCUCAUUAUGAUUGUUUCAAUCCCUAUCUGGUUCAUCGUCUUGUCAUUCUAUAUAUUAGUUAUAAUCAGCUACUUAGUUGAAAAAGUUGAAAGAAGACAGUCCAAAAAGAAGAGAGCUGAUGAUAUUGAGCUUGGAAUUGUACGGAAUGUUCAUUUUGAAAAAGUUACAAGAUCCAACAUUGAUAACUAUAUUCCUCAAUAUCACUCUCAAGUGUCUAAAAACUUUAAUUUUCUUUUGUUUGAGAGAAGUUUUUGCAGGACUAUUCUGUAUAGUGAAUACCGUGAAAUGAAAGCUAGAAGAGUUUCCCAGGAGGUUGAAACAGAUGAGCAGAAUGACUCGACUGGUGAGCAGUCUAAAUCGAAGUUACAGAGCGAUUCAGAUUCAAGUGCAGCUACAAUUGAUGGCCAACCAGAGACAGAUACACGUAUCAGCGCCGAUAUGAUUGUUAUCGAUGAUAUAAAUACUGGUAUUUACGAGUCUUCCACAAUAGAUAGAAAUGAUCAGAGCACGAACGAUGAGCGAUUUUGUGUUAUAUGCUUAGACGAGUACGAUGAUCAAGAUAGAAUAACAAUUUUGCCUUGUGGUCAUUAUUUCCAUUGCCAGUGUCUCAUAGAGGCAACUAAAGCCCAAAGUCGAUACAACAAUGCUGGAUUAAUAUUUCCAUAUCCUUAUAAUCUAAGGUGUCCGUUAUGUCAGUUGCAUGUGUUGCGUUUCUAUUUGUUUUAUCGGGAGCAUAAGUUGAAUCCUAAUGAAGUGAAGUUUGCAAAUACUAGAUAG